GGACGCAAAGGAGGUCCUGUGCAGCCUGGGGGCCCCUGGCCAGGCCGUGGCGGGCAGGCUAGGGCGUGCCUCCAAGCACCGGCAUGCGGCCGCUCACGCGGCGUACGCUGGUCUCGCCGCGGCGGCGGGCCAGGUGAUCGCAGACGCCGCCCUGCAGGUCGAGAAGAAACGGAGCAGGCCAACGUGGUGUCGGAGCAGGCUCUGGAGUGGAGGCGGACCUGAAGGCCAAAGAGAAGCUGCAGCAGGCCGAGCAGAUAGCCAUGAAGGCAGAGGAGAUGUCCACGAGAGCCGAGGAGGCGAUGCAGCAGGCCGAGCGCACUAUGCAGCUCGCUGAGGAUAUGGCCAUGAAGGAGUCGAAGCAGGCCGACGAGUUGGCGAAGCAGGCCAACGAGAGAACCAAGGCGCUGCACGGCUUCCGCAACUACUGCUCCACCCUGCACCACACCCUCCUGGAAUCGGAGUUCAAGGACAACUGCGAGGACGGCGACGACGAGAAGAUCGGGAAGGCGCUCGAUCGUACCCUCGACUGGUUGGAAAAGGCCCAGCCCGAGGGGAAGGUUGCGCUCGAGGGCAAGCAGAAGGAGCUAAAGGGCAUCGUCAACCCCAUCUUCACGAAGCUCGAGACCACCCUCGAGCAGAGGAUUGCGGACGACCUGGAGGCAGGCGCGUGGCGCGAGGACGACCUCGCCCUUCGGGAGCUCGCCUGCGCCCUGAGCGCCCUGCAGGCGCUCCAGAAGGCCAGGUCGUCGGAGGGAUGAGGCCUGCGCGUCGGCGGGGUCCGCGCAGCAGAGCCCUAGGCUCCCAGAUGGCAGAAGUGGGUACGCCACCCUGGGGAGCCCAAUUUUGUAGGACAGAGGUCAGCGCGCAAAGAGUUCC